CAGCAGAGCUUUAUAUACCUCCCCACACGCAGCUCUGAGUAGAACGUCUUCUCUGACCACCACGAAAAGAUGUCUCCAAGCCUUCACUUGUUUCUGCUUUGUCACUUGUCCUUGUUCACGUCGGUGACACCGGGAAAAGUGUGUGGUCGGCCCCCUUUACCUGACACCAUAGACCAAACUGGCAUCCAACGAGUCUAUGAGCCUGGGGCGGAGGUGUUCCUUGCCUGCAAGCGUGGUUACGUCCCCUCUGCAGGGUCCCGCAAAAUUAUCUGCACUUCCAAUGGAAAAUGGACGAAUCCCACCCUCAAGUGUGAACCUAAACAGUGCGAUGUCCCUGGGCCCCUGAUGAAUGGAAAAAUCCACUUUACUGACAUAUCGUUCCAGAGUGUCAUCAACUUCACCUGCAAUGAAGGGUAUGUCCUCCGUGGUGUUAAUAAUAGUGAAUGCCUACAAAACGGCACCUGGAGCAAUGCUCUGCCCUUUUGUGAAGUGGUAACCUGUGGUUUACCUGAAAUACCAAAAUAUGGCAAAAUCAUUCAUCACAAGAAGUCGAAAGACAACACAACGGCGUUUGGCGACAGUGUGACGUACGAAUGCUUGCCUCCACAAGCUUUGUUCGGCAAUGAGAUAGGGUUCUGCACAGCUAAUGGGAACUGGACCAAGGCUCCAGAAUGCCGGUUUGUCACGUGCCCAGUUCCCCCUGGCAUAGAAAACGGAUUCAUAUCCUUCGCAGUGAAAAGGGAACAUAGCUACAAGGAGAAAGUGAAAUAUGGGUGCAAAGUAGACUACAUUCUGGACGGACCGGUGGAAAUUGAGUGUCAGAAAACUGGACAGUGGUCCACAAUGCCAGUGUGCAGAGCCCCGUGCAGGGUUGACAUCGAAAGAGGGCGAAUAUUCUACAAUGGACAGAAGAUAUGGAUUGAGAAUCUGAAACCCAACAAAAUCCUGCAUUCAGAGGUGGUGGCUGUGUACUGUAAAAACAAGGAGAAGGCCUGUGGAUAUCCUGUAACUAGCCAGUGUAUUAAUGGGAUACUGAGGAUUCCACAAUGCUAUGAAGAACCGAGUGGAGUUCAAUAUAACCUGAAUUCCAAAAGCCUUCCAUCUGAAAUAAAGAUGUGCUGAAAAUUAAGAUAUGAAAGCUGAAGUGAAGAUAACAUAAAGAGGAGGGAAACCCUGCAUAAAAUUAAUAAAAUUCAAUUUCUUCUACACAGAUGGCUAUCCAGAUGCCUCCUUAAGGGGAAAAUGGGGCAGAUUCAUUCAAUAACUGUGAUAGUUUUGUUUACUUUGAAAACCAAGUUACAUAGUAAAAGAUAUGGUUAAUAACGUCUA